GCUGCGGCGCAUGCGCUUUCCUGGCUUCAGGAGGCGUCUUGGCGUUCUUGCUGGCUUCCGCCCCAGGUGAGCUUCCGGCGCGGAGGUCACGGACAAAAUGGUGCCCCCGGUUCAGGUCUCUCCGCUCAUCAAGUUCGGCCGGUACUCCGCUCUGAUCCUCGGCAUGGCAUACGGCGCCAAGCGCUACAGUUACCUAAAACCCCGGGCAGAGGAGGAGAGGAGAAUAGCAGCGGAGGAAAAGAAGAGACUAGAUGAGUUGAAACGGAUUGAGAGAGAACUGGCAGAAGCUCAAGAUGUCAGCAUUUUCAAGUGAGGCGGCAGUGAUCUUGCUUUUCUCUUGUCGUUGAGGAUGAAUAAAGCUUCAUUGUGUGAU